UUAGAAUGAGUUCCGGACAUUUGCUUCAGGCUAAUUCAAGUCAUUCUGCUGUAAGAAAAUAAAAGGUCUUCUCUUCAGACAUUGAGAGCGGUAGCGGCUAGACGGAUAGAUCAUUUGGAGACAAAGCUGACCUUGCUGAAAAAGGGUUACAUAAAGUAGAUUUUCAGGUGUAGGUUCUAAGUCAUGCUGCUGCUCUGCCUUGCUGUCCUAUGCCUCGGUGCUAGCUCUCCCUGUGCUGCUGCACCUCACCAAGGCUCCAACAACCCCACCAGAAACAAGCUGCUGCUCAUCUCCUUCGACGGCUUCCGCUGGGACUAUGACCGCGAUGUUGAAACCCCUAACUUGGAUAAGAUGGCACUGGAUGGGGUGAAGGCAGUUUAUGCUACUCCACCCUUUGUGACCAUUACCAGCUCUUCUCACUUCACAAUGCUGACAGGGCGUUACGUUGAGAACCACGGAGUAAUCCACAACAUCUGGUUCAACACUUCCACUCAGCAGAAGAAGCAGUACUACGAGGCUCAGUUUGUUGAUUGCUACUGGGACAACGGCAGCUUACCCAUCUGGAUAACAGCACAGAGACAGGGUUUAAAAGCAGGUUCUCUGCAUUUCCCUGGAACAGCAGCUACCUACAGAGGGGAGAAUGUCGGGGUUAGACAAGUGGAAUCUGGUUUCUAUGAUCAUUCAAAUGAGACCGAUUGGAGGCUGAACAUUGACAAGGUGAUUGGAGAAUGGUUCCACCAACAGGAUCUGGACUUUGUUUCCUUGUACUUCGGAGAACCAGAUUUGGUUGGGCAUGAAUUUGGACCAGAUUCCCCAGAACGCCGUGAGAUGGUCAAGCAAGUAGACCGUACCGUGGGCUACAUCCGGGAUAAGAUCCGAGAGCAUGGCCUUACUGACCAGCUCAACAUUAUCAUCACUGCAGACCACGGGAUGACUACUAUUCUACGGGAUGGACAAGUUAAUAAGAUUAUCCUCUCUAAAAUCCCUGGCUUUAGUUUCAAGGAUAUCAAGUUCCAACUGUUGGACUAUGGUCCUCUUGGGAUGUUGCUUCCCAAAGAGGGGAUGCUGGAGAAGGUCUACAGUGCUCUGAAAGGAAGCCACCCUCACCUUCAUGUGUACAAAAAGGAGGAGAUGCCAGCUAGAAUGCACUACGGUAACCAUCCUCGACUCCUGCCCAUCAUUCUCAUCGCUGACCCUGGAUAUGUUGUCAAUGGGUUUCUACCUCUGCACUUCAUCAAAGGAGACCACGGCUUUGAUAAUGAAGCCAUGGAAAUGAAAGCGUUCUUCAGAGUGGUGGGACCUGACUUUGAGAAAAACAGGGUGGUAGAUCCCAUUGAGCUCGUUGACGUGUACGCUCUGAUGUGCCAUCUACUGGGAAUAAACCCGGAGAUCAAUGAUGGACACCUGGAUAAUACCAAACACAUGCUGGUUAAUAGGAAUAACACAGGAGGAGACAACAACAAUUCAGAGAAGAAUAACCAAAUGGAUGUCCUGAUUGGCUUCUCAGCAGUGAUUGGAAUUCUUGUGCUUGUGUUUAUCAUAACUUUAUCCUGCAACAUGUGUAAAAGGAACAGAGGAUAAAGAUGGUUCUUAUGUUUCUUACAUUUCCAAAACACAAACAAAAAGAAAAUAAAGUCUUAAAAAAAUGUUUUAGCUUUUUGUUUUUAUACAAGAUUCCGCUUACAAAUGGAGAUAGAAAUGUUCUUUAUUUAUCAGUAAAUAUUGGUAGGCUACUUGAGUAGGCCUAUAUUGUGAUGCCAAUGCUUUCAUAUUUCUACUUAAGUAAGAUCUUGAAUGUAAAACUUUGACUUAUAACGGAGUAGUAGUAACAAUUAAGUACUGCUACUUUUACGUAGAGUAAGUAAAAACUACGAGCACUUUUACA